ACCAAACCAUCUCACACUCCAAACCACAAAUAUAUAUUCCCAUUUAUCAUCACCGAUCACCAUGGUCCGUGAGAACAAGAAGCUUGUCCAAGAAGUGUCCGGUUGGCUAAGAGUCUACGAUGACGGCUCAGUCGACCGGACAUGGACAGGACCUCCCGAGGUCAAGUUCAUGACCGAACCAGUCCCGCCCCAUGACGAAUUCAUCGAUGGUGUGGCCACUAAGGACGUGUUGGUCGACCAAACCUCCGGCCUCCGCGUCCGGAUCUACCUUCCGGAGCAGCAGCCAAAGCACGAGGAGGACGACAACAAAGUCAGCGAGCAACUAAAGCUCCCCAUCAUACUUCAUUUCCAUGGAGGAGGCUUCUGCAUCACCCAAGCUGACUCGUACAUGUACUACCACAUAUACAGUAAGCUCUCGCGCUCCGCCAACGCCAUUGUCGUGUCCGUUUACCAACGCCUGGCACCGGAGCACCGCCUCCCUGCCGCAAUCGAGGACGGCUACUCCGCUCUCCUUUGGCUCCGCUCUGUCGCCCUAGCGGAACAAAAAGAGCCAUGGCUUCUCAGCUAUGCGGAUUUCAACAGAGUUUUCCUUACCGGAGAUAGCUCCGGAGGGAACAUCGUCCACCAAGUGGCGGCUCAAGCGGGAAGUGCAGACUUAAGUCCACUGAAGCUCGCCGGCGGGAUCCCCAUCCACCCAGGGUUCGUUCGGUCGGAGAGGAGCAAGUCGGAGCUGGAGCAGCCUCAGUCGCCGUUUCUUACGCUCGACAUGGUGGACAAGUUCUUGGGGCUGGCACUGCCUGUAGGUUCCACCAAGGACCAUCCGAUUACGUGUCCGAUGGGAUCCGGCGCUCCGCCGUUGGAGAGCCUGAAGCUGCCGCCGUUCCUGCUGUGCAUUGCGGAGAAGGACCUGAUCAUUGACACGGAGAUGGAGUACUAUGAGGCCAUGAAGAAGGCGAACAAGGAUGUGGAGAUUCUGAUGAACAAGGGAAUGAUGCACAGCUUCUAUCUCAACAAGAUUGCGGUGGACAUGGACCCAGAAACAGCUGCAGAGACUGAGCGUCUGAUUGCAGGGAUCAAAGGGUUCGUGGAGAAGCACUGACGCAUAAUUUUCAGUUUAUGCGGUUAAUUAAGUAAUUUUUAGGGGUAUGCCCUUAAUUAAGCUUUUUAUACGACGAAAUUAGCAUCACCUAGUUCGGUCCCUUCAAUCUUGUAUUUGCUCUUUAGCAACUCAAAAUGAGAGCCUAUGUUUUCCAGGAUUUGGUUAAUAUAUGCGGUCUAAGUCAGGAUAACUUUUAGCCAUAUAGUAUUAUAUAGUAUUAAGACCCAAGUUAAGGUUGAUAACCAAUCUUGUUGGGAGGUAUUUGCUUGAUUGAAUGGAAUUUAUUAGCUUUGUCA